AUGGCAAGUCGUCCACGACACAUCCUCAUCACAGGUGGCAGCCGAGGCAUCGGUCUUGCAAUCGCGCAGUUAUUCUCCAAAAAUGCAUACCGCUGCACCUUGAUCUCUCGCUCAGAGGAAGACCUCAAAACCGCUGUAGCAAGCCUAUCACCUCUGCCAUCGUCCGCGUCUCAAGCCUCCCUUCCCAAUAUCGAGGCGUCCGAACCAUCUGAGACAUCGAAUUUGGUAUACCAACAUGGACACAUAGCUGGUAACAUAUCUCACGGCUCGACCUUCUGGGCAUCAAACACCUCGUCUCCCUUUGCUGCUCGUCUCCCCCGGCCAGAUACGCGCAAGUACCCUACCCAUCCCUCUCACAUCGACGUAGUAGUGAAUUGUGCUGGGAUGACACAAGCAAAGCUGUUUUCUACUUUGAAAGAAGAGGACAUUGAUAGCAUCAUUAAAACCAAUCUUACUUCUAUGAUGCAAGGCACGAAAUUUCUAUUACGAAAUGGCUAUCUGGGAGGCAGGACUAAGGACGAUGAUGAUAUUCCCGUCAUCAUCAAUGUCAGCUCGCUGCUGGGUCUGCAAGGCGGCUACGGAGCCGUUGCGUACGCGGCGUCAAAAGCAGGAGUCUUGGGCUUCACUCGCGCUCUAGCUACCGAGUAUGCGAGCCACAAAGUCCGCAUCAAUGCCAUUGUGCCCGGCUACGUGGAAACAGACAUGACAAAAGAUUUGAAUGCCGCUGAGCUUCAACAACGUAUCCCUCUGAAUCGUUUUGGCAAGCCAUCUGAAAUUGCUCACGCAGCAUUGUUCCUCGCAGAAAAUAAAUACGCACAUAAUUGUGUUGUGAAUUUGGAUGGUGGCUUAUCUGCCAUCUGA